AUGGCAGCUCAACAUCAACCAUCACCAUGGUAUGCACAUAUUGUUAAUUUUCUAGUUUCUGAAAAAACACCAGAACAGUGGGAUAAGAAUAGAAAACAUCAUUUCUUUUCUAAGAUUAGAAAUUAUUUUUGGCAUGAUCCUGAUUUAUAUUACUUGGGCAAUGAUCAAAUUUUAAGGAGAUGUGUUCUUGAAGAAGAAUAUCAUAGCAUUAUUAACAUGUGCCAUUCAUCUAACUGUGGAGAAUAUUUCUCUGAACGAAAAAUAGCUACAAAAUUUUUUUAG